CUGCUGAAACCCAGGUGAGCUGAGAGGGGCGGCGCUUGGCACAAUAUGUGAGCUGUCAGUGGAACCAACAGGGCAGCUGUUUCUUUAAGGUGCAGGGUGCUGCACAUGAUUUCAUUUCAUUUACCAGUCAUGAAGUAAAGGAGAGGCCUGUUGCGCAUAGAGACUCUAGAGGGGAUCUGGCACCUAAUGGAGUCCAAUCUGUCCUGCCUGUCUUCACUGAAAGAAGAAGACAAUGUGGUCUACGUCCAGCCACAUUACAAAGAAUCCUACCGCCUGGCCAUUUAUGCCCUCCUCUGUGGAGGCCAAGAGGCCUACGAGGAGUUCCUCCGAGCCGAGCAGAUAAACCACUUCCUAUCAGAGAAGGAGAUCCUGUUCAUUUUGGAAAAUGCAGAGUUACCAGCGGUGGAGGAGGAAGACACCUCUGAGGGGAAACGGGCCACAGACGAGGCCAGACCCUCCACCUACUUCCCAACCGAGUCGGACGAGGAGGUGCCCAACCUGGACCUGGGCUGGCCGGAGGUGUCUCUGGAGGACAUGGACACCAACAUCAGCCUGCUGUUCCACCCACCCAGACAAAACACUCCGACCAUUAAAGAAGUGGUUCGCAAGCAGAUACAGGAGGCGAGGAAGGUUAUUGCCAUAGCGAUGGACGUGUUCACUGACGUCGAUAUUUUCAAAGAGAUCAUCACUGCCACGUUGAGGGGAGUGGUAGUCUACAUCCUCCUGGAUGAAGCCCAGUUCAAGAGUUUCCUCACCAUGUCACACAGGGUGGGCGUCAACAUUCAAGACUUCAAGAACCUUCGUGUUCGGACGGUUCAGGGUCAGCAGUAUCAGUGUCAGUCCGGGGUGAAGUUCCAUGGAGAUUUGGAGCAAAGAUUCCUUAUGGUGGACUGCAGAACAGUGAUGUAUGGAACAUACAGCUACACAUGGUCGUUUGAGAAGAUCAACCUCAGCAUGGUCCUGGUGAUCACAGGUCAGCUGGUUGGCUCUUAUGACGAGGAGUUUCGAAGACUGUACGCUCGCUCCUCACUUCCUGUAGUUCUGUCCAGGGAGAAGUCAUCUGUCCUGCACCUAAGAGACACUGUGGGCCUGCAGAGCCCAAAUUCCAGCCAGCUUUCCCUCCACCAAAUUCACACAAGACCCAAAGUAAUGCACGGCAUGAGGAGUGCUCAGGAUGACAGGCUUAAUAAUGCCGCCAUGAUGACCAGGGGCCUGAGCGUGCAGGAGAGACUGCAUCAAUCUCACUGUUUCGACAUGGGAAAUCUGGUGCGGGGACACAGCUAUGGCGGAGAACUGCAGAAUAUAAACUCCAUGACUCGGUUAAGGAUGGGGACCAAGAACAUCGGAGUCCCUGUUGCUCCCGAGAAGACAGCACCUAACGUGAGGGGGGGCGGCGACUCGCUGCUAACAAACAGGAUGUCUCAGCAACACAUUAGGCACCAGACUCGCUAUGGAGCGGACCAGAAUCUGAUACCGUUCAACUCUGAAACAUCCCUCAACAGGUGGAAGAUAGACACAUACUUUAAUGACAGCAACGUGCCUCUAGAUGCAUCAUACGAUGCAUUAUCCCCAAUGCCAUCUCCGUAUAGUAGCCACACAGGCUUAAACGAGCAACAGUCACAGCUGAUUCACAGCAGGUCGAGGGACAUAAAGUCCAGGAUGGAGGAAUUGAGGCAGAAGAGGCUCAGUCUGCAGGAGUACAGCAAUCUCAGGCAGAGCCAAGAGUCAUUGAGGUCUAUGUAUCCGACUGUGGAAAGACCUAAAUUUGUGUCCUUAUUAAGAGGUCUGGACAUGCGGCAGAGUGUGGCAGAAUUAGAGCCAAAUACAGAAAAAGGUUGCAGCCUGGAACCAGCCAAUCCCAGAGACAGUGAGCCAAAUAAAGGAGGCAACAAAAGAGAGCAAACUUUCCCUGAUGGCCACCACUCUGCCUCUCACUAUGACGUCACAAUGGUUCAAGAUCGAAAGAAAACGCAGACGUACGACUGGCACGAGCCUCUUUCCAGGACAACCUCAGCUGCCGAUUUAGAUAUGAAACUAAACGAUCCAUCGCUCAAGCUCUCUCAUUUGCAUCCCAGCGGUCUCCAACACCCAAGAGCGAUGGAGUCUUUGACUGAGAUCCCUGAAGAGAAAGAGGGUUCACGUGUCAACAGUUCGGACUCAGCUGCAUUUAAAGAUGAAAAUGAGGAGAUUCGCAAAGACAAGAAAGCUGUUCCAAAGGAGAACACUGUGAAAUCUAGCGUACCUGCUGAAUCACAGCGCCAGGAUCAAGCCAAAGGAAGACAUGGUUCUGUAGGUAAGGCAGCCAACAGCUCAGGCUCAUCUGCUCCAAGAGAAGGAAUGAAAUCAAUAUCCAAUGAGAUACAAACUGCCCCAAAAAUCUUAAACACUUCUACAGGACCUCAGCAUGCCGUCGAAGCUAAGAGUAGUCACAUGGAAAAAAAGCACACGCAGCGAAAGGAACCACCCCUUCAGAGGAAGAAUUCCUUGAGAAUGAAAGUAUAUUCGAUGCUUUCCCCAGACGAAAACAAAGCAUCCAAAAAAGACGAGAAGUCACUCCAAAGAAAGGCCUCACUGAGAUCGUCGCAGAAUCACUCAGGAUCAAAACAACCACUCAGAGCAGACCAUUCACAGGCACCUGCGCCAGAGCAAACAACAAAGAAAGGUCAAUCGCCGAGCAUCUCCAGGUCGCAGAGCUCUCUCGGUAGUCAACCGGAGACAGAGAAGCAUAAAUCUCCAUUCCAAAGACUGUCUCCUCAGCGUUCAAGCAAAAAAAAGCCCAAUCCAGCAGGAGAGCCGGACCGAGGCGCAAGGAACACUCUGGACGACGAGGCAGCGACUCUCUAUCACACCAGAAGAGAUAAAGUCUACAGUCGAUUUGAAUAUUAUCUUAGCGCUGACAGUAUUCCUCAGGAUAAAUCAAUGACAAGGGCAAGCAUGUUGCCCUCCGAGAAAGACAGAGGGUCUUCCCCGAACAAUCAUGACUCUGGUUAUCCAAUGUAUGAGACGCAAAGUGGCACUGACAACAAACUGGGAAGAUUCAUGCAGCGAGUAGGAAAUCUAAUAGGAAAGAACAAGUAGAGUUGUAGGAAAAGAGGAAGGCCACCAAGUGCUCAAGAAUGAAGGCACUAAUCCAUGAUCUGUUUAUUGAUUGAUUUUGGUUCCCACACAGAGACAAAGAUGCUGUAUGUGGUCAUCUCUGCAGUAUGCUACGUUUUUCUUUUGAUAUGUUUGAUAAUGUAGCUAUGAUCUUAUCAGGGAGGAAGCUGAGUCGAUAUGAUAAUACCGGUAAGUAAAGGUGUUUACAGAUGAAGUUAUAGCAGGGUGAAUAUGACAGUAGCGCUUGCAGACACAGAAAAAUGUGUUAUCAAGUGAGUUGAAUUGUGUGAAAAGACAUCUGUCUUUAUAUUGAAAGUGUUUGUUCUUUUUGAAAGUAACAAUUACAAUGCUUUUUAGCUUGCCAUGAAAAGACCAAAACCAACAGUGAAUGUAGGGGGACUGAACAUCCAGAAUAAUUCGGGACAGUAAGGAAUUACAAGCAGUUGUCCAGAGUCCUGUCCUGUUCGUCCCAAAAAUAAGGCUAAACCUGAGUUUUGAUUAGUUAUAGCCUAAUAAAACAUGAGAUACUGAUUAUUGUGAUUAUUUUUGGUGUUGCCCACAGAUGGCUGUUAUAGUUUUUUUUAUUUUUUUUUAUAAUUAUUUUUAUUAUUUCCAUCAAGAAGCAAUACAUAUAUCAAUAUACUGUGUAAUCACACUCCAAACAGGAUACAUUUCCGUUGGUAUCCGUAUUCUUCUACUCCACAUUUUUGACACACAAACCCAAACACACACAUUUUUACACAAAUCCACCCACCCCCCCGCCCCCCUCCCCCUCCCCCACACACACACACACAUCCACACAUCCACUUGGUUUCCAGCUCUCAGUCACCAUACCUAGUUCUUAUUUCUUAGCCAUUAAAUUUACAACGCUUCAUAUAUGUCCUGCCACACCUUGUUGAAUUGUUGCCUUUUGUUCCGAUCUUCGAACAUUGAUUUUUCUAUACUUAAAUAGUAUUUCAUUAGUCCUUUUCAUUGUUGUAACGAUGGGGCCUCUGUAUCCAUCCAAUGGGGUAUUUUAGCUGUUAUAGUUUUUUUUUGCCGUGUACAGUAGUCCCGCGAAUUGAUAAACAAAUAGCUGUGAUGAAAAAAUUCCGAAGGGAAAAUAAACCAUCCAUCACUGGCACGGAGCCUGGUGUCCUGGUGAACAUCCAGCCAAAAAGAAGAAAAAAAAAUGUUUCAGCAGGUACCGGGAGGAGUGGGGA